AUGCAUCUAUUGAAAUCAAUCUUGCCUGUAGCUGCCUCGGCAAUGCAAUCUGUGUUUCGCUGGUUCGCCGGUUUUCUUUCCUCCCCCUCCAAUUCCUCCACCGACUCCUCCUCCUCCAUCGGCACCACCAAGGACGACGACCACAACCAGGACGCUUUUGAGCUCGCUACUGAUGAUCUAGCAUUGGACUUGAGCGCGGCUGUCUCGGUUGUGCAGGCGGCAGCAUCGUUGGAUUACCAAGCUCAUGAGCUUGAAUCGAAAGGAAAUAGAGACAGCCCAGAAGACGACGAAGAUGAAGGAUAUCUCUUUUCUAAACAACAAUACGGAGAUGAGGAUGAAGAAGAUAGCGACGAUGAUCAAAUCAUGAUCGUAAGUGACAGCGAAGAAGAGGGCGAUGAAGACACACCAAGCAUUAUCAUGGUCACCGAUCAUGAGGAAGAAGAACAAAGGUUUACUGCACGGAAUAGCUAUGUUACGGCAAACGAGACACCAUUCGCGAAACACGUUGAUACAAAACGCAUUGAUAUCGUCAAUGAGUUACCACUUGAAUGGCACCUCACCAAGUUACAAGAGGAGUACGGGCUAGCACCAGGUGCCAUCCAUCUUGAUGGGGAAGUCGAGAAGCAUUCAAUCCACUUUCCGCUAGAAAGCAACUCGCUGUAUUCAAAGGAAGGUUCUCGAAUGCCAUCAUACAUAUUACCAUCGCUCCAAACAAGCUGGUACACGUGUCAAGAAGCAUGCGAGCGCUUGAUCUCUGCUGUUGAAAGCGCAGCCAGACAAUUUGAAGCAGCUUUGGACAAGCGACUGUUCGUGGGUCGACUGAACAGUUUAUAUAACUGUAACAGACACUUUAUCCCAUACCUAAGUUUGUACAUUUUAUACGGUGGCGGAGGUGUGAUAUUUGCCUCCUGCGGAUCCAAAGGAGGCUUAUGGCGACCAGAUUUAAAAAAGGAUCUCCGUUGA